GGGGCCGGGGCCGGGGCGGCCGGGCUCGCCUGCCGCCCGCCUGCUUCCCGCCUCUCUCCUGCCGCCCGCAGGGUCACAGAGCUGCUGCCGCCCUUCCAGCGCGUCAUCCAGCCCGAGGAGAUGUGGCUGUACAGGAACCCGCACGUCCAGGCCGACCGCGUCCCCACCCUGCCCCUCUUCCUCAUUUCCUUCUUCUCUCCCGUGUCGGUAAUCCUCCUGGCAAGAUUCUGCAUGAAAGUCACCCGGGAAGACACACAGGAGGCUUGUUUAGCUGCCAGCCUUGCGCUGGCCCUCAACGGGGUUUUCACAAACACUGUCAAGCUGGCCGUGGGGAGGCCGCGCCCUGACUUCUUCUAUCGCUGCUUCCCAGACGGACGGGCAAACUCUGCGCUGGCCUGUACGGGCGAUGUGGCCGCGGUGACAGAGGGACGCAAGAGCUUCCCUAGCGGGCAUGCCUCCUUCGCCUUCGCUGGUCUGGCCUUCUCUGCCUUCUACCUGGCAGGCAAGCUGCGCUGCUUCGUUCCCGGCGGACAGGGCAAAGCCUGGCGUCUCUGCGCCUUCCUGGCACCGCUGCUCCUCGCCAGCCUCAUCGCUUUGUCCCGCACCUGCGACUACAAGCACCACUGGCAAGAUGUGGUAGUAGGCUCAGCCCUUGGCCUCAUGCUCGCCUACCUCUGCUACCGGCAGCACUACCCCCCACUGACGGACCCCGAGUGCCAUGUGCCCUUCCUGGGCAAGGCCAAGGUGCUGCCUGCAAAGGAGCCCAAGCAAGCCAGCUCCGGCUUCCUCAAUGUGUAGCUAGGAUGGACACUGCUAGCUCCGACCAUGUGGGAUCCUCCCUCCCUCCCACUUCUGGGACCACAGGGUGGGGACAGGGACAGAUAUUUUGGGGCACUGAAUCGCUGCCUGCUUAGAGAGGAAACCUGAAGGGGAGCAGGCGAGAGCCAGAGGAAACCAUCACCUCUGCCCGUGGUGUUGUCCUGCUUAUCAGGCCCCAGGCUUCCUGUCCCUCUGGCCUGUUUUGUGAACCUGCCCUGCUCCAUGCCUGCUGUUGGGGGAGGCUGGGGGGGUCUGCAGUGCCAAGCCUGCAGGAGGGGGACAGGGAGCUGCUGUGCUGAUCCCAGCUCAAUGCGACGGGGGGGGUGGCAGUGUGUUGCAAUGAGCUUGGGCAUUCCGCUGGCCCGGGAGGCCCCUUCCAGCCCUGUGUACUGUUGCGCUGUCCCCAUCUUGGUGUUUUUACUGUCCAAUAAAGAGCUGAGUGUGAUGCUUUUGCUGGGAGUUGUAGUGCUUGUGGCAGCUCAGAGCCUGGGCCAGGUCUAGGAAACCAUUCUGAAUGCAAGGGAGGCCAGUCUCUGGGCGGGGUGGGGCGGGGCUGGCUGCUCUUCAUUCCAGUUCAUGGGAGCAGAGGACACAGCACAUGAGACCCUCCCUAGGGCACACUUUGGCCUUACAGAAAGGCCCUCCCCCUGCAUGGGGUGCUUCUCAGCUGUGCUGCUUUUGCUUCCUUGCAUAGGGUUUGCAGAUGGCACAGCUGCCCUAGGGCACUAACAUGGCCAGCACUUUGGGCCACAACACACAAUCCUGCAUCAGUCCUGCCCCCUUCCCUAUACAAACAAGCUUGGCACCCUACAGCGUCGUGUCAGCUUUUACUGGAAAAAAACAUUAAAUACAUUUCAAAUGU